AUUCUAAAAAUAAGGGACUAGUUUUGUCAUCUUCUCACAUUAAUUAUACGACAUAAAUGUUACUUAUUUUCAUCAUAAUAUACGGAGAAGAUUAUACAGAGAAUCUUCAGAAGCAGAGUUUUUACUUUCAUGGCGACUUCAAAGCUCCAGGCUCUAUGGAAUCAUCCUGCUGGCCCAAAGACCAUUCAUUUCUGGGCACCAACCUUCAAGUGGGGCAUCAGUAUUGCAAAUAUUGCAGACUUUGCUAAACCACCAGAAAAGAUUUCAUAUCCUCAGCAAAUAGCGGUUACAGCAACUGGAAUUAUAUGGUCUCGCUAUAGCUUGGUAAUUACUCCGAAAAACUGGAACCUCUUUAGUGUAAAUGUGGCAAUGGCUGGAACAGGCAUAUAUCAGCUUUCACGAAAAAUCCGGAAUGAUUAUUUCAACGAGGAGCAACAACCCGCGCUAGCUAAAGAAUGAUGAUGAAAAUUGUGAUUAUUCAGGAUCAUCUAAUUCCUGAGCUUUGAAUGUUCUUCUAUGCAAUUUGAUGUUUUAUUUCUUCUGAUAUCACUGUUAAUGUGAGACAAGUAACUGAGUGAAUAAUGAUAGUUGAUAAUUCCAUUUGUCGAGUUCAA